AUGGCGGAGAAGAUGCAGAUGUUUAGGAACAUCGGUUCUAGCGUCAAAGGUUGCACGGACACGCCAUGUGCUAGGUACCCCUUUGUCCUCGAUAUUAGAAUGGAGGAAAAAGAGUAUCGACAGCUUUCAAGCAUGCUUAGAGCUUCAUGCUCCAUCCACUACUAUGGUACUAUUAUGGAUCAUGCCUUUAGGUGUGCAAGCAUGCUUGGCAGUAAUCGGAUGAAUCCACAUUACUGCCGGAAUACGACCUUCGAAGGACUGGUGGAAGACAAGGACCGGGUAGAGCGUCGCGAAUUCGUCGCCGGUAACUCCCAGGUUCAGACCAAUGAUGACGGAGUGGAAGAUAACACCGAACUCGAGAAUGAGGAAGGCGGCAAUCUGUUGUUUGAAGGACCUUUCGAUCAAUGUCGCCAUGUCGAAGUCAAGUAUGGCGUCUGCAGAGAGGACCCCGAGCCAAUCAUGACCAGUGCGGUGGAUAACUUGACAGUGGACAAGGCAUCGCCCGGAAACUCUAGGAAGAGCGAGGCUGAUGUGGAGGAGUUGUCCACCUACGCCAAUUCGCAGUGA